UCCACGGCAGCGGGGGAACGAUGCCGGUCCAUUCCCGGGAGAAGAAAGAGAAUAAUCACGAUGAAAUGGAGGUGGACUACGGAGAGAACGAAGGCAGCAGCUCUGAGGAGGAGGAGACCGAGAGCUCGUCCGUCUCCGAGGAGGGGGACAGCUCAGAAAUGGAUGAUGAGGACUGUGAAAGAAGAAGAAUGGAAUGUUUAGAUGAAAUGUCCAAUCUUGAAAAGCAAUUUACAGAUCUUAAAGAUCAACUUUACAAAGAAAGAUUAAGCCAAGUGGAUGCAAAGCUACAAGAGGUCAUAGCUGGAAAAGCACCUGAAUAUUUAGAACCAUUGGCAGCUUUACAAGAAAAUAUGCAAAUCCGAACCAAGGUGGCAGGUAUCUAUAGAGAGCUUUGUCUGGAAUCUGUGAAGAACAAAUAUGAAUGUGAAAUUCAAGCCUCUCGACAGCACUGUGAGAGUGAGAAGCUUCUCUUGUAUGAUACAGUACAAAGUGAACUAGAAGAGAAGAUUAGAAGACUUGAGGAAGACAGACAUAGCAUUGACAUUACCUCAGAAUUAUGGAAUGAUGAGCUCCAGUCCAGGAAGAAAAGGAAGGAUCCAUUUAGCCCAGAUAAGAAGAAACCUGUUGUUGUCUCAGGCCCUUAUAUAGUUUAUAUGUUACAAGACCUUGAUAUACUUGAAGACUGGACAACAAUAAGGAAGGCAAUGGCUACGCUGGGACCACACAGGGUAAAGCCAGAACCACCUGUCAAAUUAGAAAAGCAUCUCCACAGUGCUAGAUCUGAAGAAGGAAGACUCUAUUAUGAUGGCGAGUGGUAUGGACGAGGGCAGACGAUAUGCAUUGAUAAGAAAGAUGAAUGUCCUACAAGUGCCAUAAUUACAACAAUUAACCAUGAUGAAGUUUGGUUUAAAAGACCGGAUGGAAGCAAGUCUAAGCUGUAUAUUUCUCAGCUACAGAAAGGAAAAUACUCAAUAAAACACAACCACAACUGACCGUUGCUCACCGGAAACAAGUGGAAAAGAAAAUAUUUCCCCAGAAGUCAUAUAUCUGAGUUUUUCACCAAAUACUAAUUUUCAAAAUUUCUGUGCGCCAUUUCAUCUUACUGUACACCGGAAGUAUUUCAUGCAGCUUAGAAAGCUGAAUGUCUUACAAGUCUUGCUCUUUAGCCACAGAGAAAAGUCCUAAAUCCUUGAUGUUACUGUGAUGUGCUUCGAGCAUCUAGAAUGAUAGAUGGGAUUGUUGAAGAAUUGUUAACGCGUUGGUUAUGUGCACUUUAAUCUCCAGUUCUGGUGAUUCUUCUUGGAGAAAAUAAAGCAUCAAUUUGCUUUAAAUGAUCACAGCAAAUAAAUAUUUUUAUUGUAACAUAUAAAUUCAUCGUCUCUUCUAGUGCAGGGUGGUAAGUACUUUUCCAAAUGCCAAAUCAGUUUCUGCUGAGUGAUGCUUUUCUACAAUUGUAUGACAUUAUAAAUCAAAUGUACAUAAAGUAUCAAUUGACAUGUUGGCUUUUAACAAUAUGAACUGUAUGUAUACAGUUGUUUGAUAAACUUUUUGUAAUUAAAUAUUUGCAUUUUUUAACUUAGUAUAUA